AUGAAUUUGGCAGAGUGGAAAAGUGGCAUAUCUACCGGAUGGCCCCAGGAAGGAACUUUUCACCUACCUAUUAUCUUACAGGUUAAGACCGUGAUCCUCAGGGACGAACCGGACGGCCACUCUGACCAGGAUCCCUACAUCCUGAUCUGGCAGGACAUGAUCGAGAAUCCUCCUCCUAGGCUGAAACCAUUUUUACCCCCCAAAGCAGGACCCACAGAGAUUCUAGGCCUGCGGAAAGCCAAAAAGGAAACCGACUCUAUGGCUGAAGCACCCCUUCGUCCGGUCUUCCAAGAUUCCUCCCCAGAGGACCUGAUUCUCCUGCCGCCCUACUGGGCAUCCUUCCCUGCUUCUGCCCCUCCAUUGGAGGCAUCGGGGGCUGCAGAAGGGGCGCCACCCCUCCCUGAUGAGGGAGUCCCUGUGCGCGGGCCAGCAGCGGGGACACGCGGUCGGACCCACCGGCCGGCCCCACCUCCCAAUGUGGGGCCGGCUGACUCCACCGCCCUUCCUCUCCGUGCCAUGCCCCCCCACCCCCAUGAGACUGGCGAACAGCUAAUGUUAUAUUGGCCAUUCUCCACCACACAACAUUCGGUUUUAUUACAACCCCAAGGGAAAUUGGCAAACAAAACUUCAAGGGUGCAAGAGGCCACGGGCACCACACAAUACUCAUGGACUACCCGAAGAACUGUGGAUCUCAGCAUGGCCCGGGUAUCCCACUCCUUCAUGGUCAUCCCUGAGUGCCCCUACCCAUUGUUAGGUCGGGAUUUGCUCACCAAGAGAGCACAAAUUUGCUUCCACCUCGAAGGGGCAAAAGUCCUAAACAAGAAGGGGCACCCAAUUCAAGUGCUUGUCCUGAGUUUAGAAGACGAAUAUUGUCUCCACCAAAUGCCCUCAGCGCCAAUGACUGACAUUGACUGUUGGCUGCAGGAAUUUCCCCAAGUGUGGGCAGAAACUGGGGGAAUCGGGCUGGCCCAGCAUCGACUGGCCAUAUACAUAGAACUAAAGCCGGGGGCAGACCCUGUCAGGGUCCGCCAAUACCCCAUGCCUCUAGUAGCACGAAAGGGAAUCACACCCCACAUACGGCGACUUCUGGACUCGGGCAUAUUAAGGCCCUGCCAAUCGGCCUGGAACACUCCCUUGCUGCCGGUUCGGAAACCGCACGACGAUUACAGGCCAGUCCAGGACUUGAGGGAAGUCAACCGGGAUAGAGGAUAUGCCCCUACGGUCCCAAACCCAUACCCCCUCCUCUCCACCCUGCCUCCAGACAAAACUUGGUAUACAGUGUUAGAUUUAAAAGAUGCCUUUUUCAGCCUGCCUUUAGCACUCGGGAGCCAAGACCUCUUUGCCUUUGAAUGGACGGACUCUGAGAAAGGCACCAAUGGCCAGCUCACCUGGACUCGACCACCACAAGGAUUCAAAAAUUCACCGACCAUCUUCAAUGAGGCCUUACACGAAGACUUGGGUGAGUUCGGUUCCGAGCACCCUCAUUUGACUUUAUUACAACAUGUAGAUGAUAUCCUAUGGCAGCAGAGGACCAGGACACAUGCCUGCGAGGCACCAGAGACUUGCUCCAGACCAUAG